CUCAUGUCCGCAAUUCUGAGAAGCCGGCGAAGCUGCUUAUGAAAGGGCAUGGGUGCUUCCUCAUUCUGCUCUCUGUUUCCUCCCGACGUGGCACAAAUAAAUAGGAAACGCCUAAGGCUCGCUGCUACUUGGAGGCUCCCGAAGGAGGCUGCCUGAACCCAAUGCAGAGGGCUUUCGAAGAAGACUCCUCCUCUGUCUGGAUGGGCUGCAAUGUCGUUUCAGACCCUACCAUUUGGUCGGCUCUAACAAGUCUUCUGCUGGACCCUGACAUCCGGUACUGGAACCCGAGGGGUGUCGGUGAUGUUGCCCCGUGAGCUCCUCCAUUGCUGCUGCCCUUUCUGCAUCUGACCCCAGACCUCCGUCCUUCCCUGCCAGGCAGCGACACAGCACCCCAGGACUAUGAGGACACCACCCUGCCCAUAGCUACAGACCACUGUGCAGCCACCUAAAGUCCCAGAAUGGACCAGCAGAUGGCACUGACCUGGGGGCUGCUCUACAUGACCCUGCUGGCUCUCUGCUGGGGACAUGGUAUGACAGAGGCACAAGAGACCGUCCCUCUGCAGACUCUGCAGUGCUACAAUGACUACACCAGCCGCAUCAUCUGCAGCUGGGCCGACACGGAGGAUGCCCAGGGCCUCAUGAACGUGACCCUCUAUCGCAAGCUGGAAAAGAACUAUCCAGUGUCCUGUGAACUCAGUGAAGACCUACCAUGGUCAGAAUGCCCGUCCCCCCACCAUUGUGUGCCCCGAAGAUGUGUCAUCCCCUACACACAUUUCAUGGGCGCUGAUGAAGACUACUACUCAUUCCAGCCCGAUCGGGAUGUGGGCAUCCAGCUCGUGGUUCCACUGGCCCAGCAUGUGCAGCCCCCGCCUCCCAAGGACCUCCACAUCAGCCCCUCUGGGGAUCACUUCCUGUUGAAGUGGAGUAUAUCACUUGGGGAUGCCCAGGUCCCCUGGCUGUCACAAGAGGACAUCCAGUUUGAGGUGACUUACAAGAGGCUUCAGGACUCCUGGGAGGAUGCCCCCAGCCUCCACACCAGCGACAUGUGGGUCUCUCUGGAGCCAAAGCUGCUCCUACCCAAUAACAUCUAUGUGGCCCGGGUGCGCACUCGGCUGUCCCCAGGCUCAAGCUUGUCUGGAAGGCCCAGCACAUGGAGCCCUGAGGUGCAAUGGGACUCCCAGCCAGGGGACAAGGCCCAGCCUCAGAACCUGCUGUGCUUCUUUGAUGGCAUCCAGUCCCUCAGCUGCUCCUGGGAGGUGUGGACCCAGAUGACUGGCUCUGUUUCCUUUGGGCUCUUCUACAGCUCCAGCCCGGCGGCUCCGGAGGAGGAGUGCUGGCCCGUGGUGAAGGAGUUACAGGACAGCCUCCGCACCCGGUACCACUGCCGCCUGAACAUGUCCAGCCCCAGGGCACACAGCCAGUACACGGUCUCUGUUAAGCCGCGGAAACAAGGGAAGCACAUCAAGAGCUCUAACCACAUCCAGAUGUACCCUCCAGCCCUCAACGUAACCAAGGAUGGACACAGCUACAACCUGCGUUGGGAAACCAAGAAAACGCCGUUCUCUCCCAUCAAGCACCAAUUCCAGGUCCAGUACACAGAUAACCCGGACAACUGGGAGGACAGCAAGACAGAGAUCCUAGAUCAUGCCCAUAGCAUGGCCCUGCCACAGCUGAAGCCCUCCACCACAUACCGGGCCAGGGUGAGGGUCAAGCCGCUCCCUGACUACCAUGGGAUCUGGAGUGAGUGGAGCGAAGAGCAAACCUGGACCACUGGCUGGGUGAUGCCCACCUGGGGGAUUGUCCUUAGCCUGAUCUUCCUCGUCCUCUUCUUGCUCCUGGGCCUCCGCUUUGGCUGUGUCUAUGGGUACAGGAUGUACAGGAAGUGGAAGGAGAAAAUCCCCAACCCCAGCAAGAGCCUCCUGUUCCAGGAUGGAGGUAAAGGACUCUGGUCUUCCAGCAGCAUGGCAGGAUUUCCCACUAAGAACCUUAGUCUCCAGGGGCCACGGAGCAACCUUGUCGCUGAGCUACAGAGGAUGUCAUAUGCACAUUUGGGGGUCAAUGAGGUGUCACCACUCACCAUAGAGAACCCUAACAUUGUCCAAGACCCACCAUCUGGGCCUGAUUCAACUCCAGCCACCUCAUCAGAACCCAUGUUUCAGCUUUCCAGUGACCAGCAAGACCCACCAACCCCUUCUGGCAGACCUGGGAACCAGACACCCAGCUUUGACUUCGAUGGCCCCAACCUGGGGCCUCUCCAAACCCACUCCCUGCCUGAUCUCCCAGGCCCAUUGGUCACCCCCCAGAUUGGUGGGAGCCUGAGGCCAGCACUGCCAGGCUCCCUGGAAUACCUGUGCCUGCCUCCUGGGGGACAAGUACAGCUGGUCCCACUGUCCCAGGCCAUGGGGCAGGGCCAGGCUGUGACUGUGGAGUGUGAGCCUAGCCUGGGUUCCACAGAGAGCCCUUCCAUGGAACCAAAGGACAGCCCUUCACUUGAGCUGAGGUUGGAGGAACAGGAAACAAAGGACAACCCAGUGACUCUGCCCAUAAGCUCUGGGGGCCCCGCGGACCCUGUGACGGCCUCUGGCUAUGUCAGUCCUGCAGAUCUGGUGCUCACUCUGCCCACAGGGCCCCUCUCUACCUCUCUGAUCCCCUCUCUAGGGUCCCCCUCAGCUCAGGGCCCCAGUCUCUGUCUCAAGCUGCCUGGGGUCCCUCCUCGAAGCCCAGCUCUUCCACCACCAGAGUUUGAUGACUAUGUGGAGCUCCCUCCAAGAAUGAGCCAGCCCCCCCAGUACCCUCUGGGCAGUUCUGUCCCUCCUGUGCCAAGCAUUCCCGCAGCGAGCCCAGCAGAGCCCAGGGAGGAGGUGGCCCCAGCAUCCCCUCACCCUGAAGGCCUCCUUGUUCUUCAGCAGGUCGGGGACUACUGCUUCCUCCCUGGCUUAGGGCCCGGCUCCCCCUCACAACAUAACAAACCACCUUCUCCAGGCCUGUGUCCUGACACUGUGGACCUAGACCAGGAUCUGUCUAUCAAAAAGCUUCCCUGCCAGCCCAUGCCCCAGGUGCCAGCCAUUCAGUUUUUCAAGUCCCUGAAGCAUCAGGACUACCUGUCACUGCCCCCUUGGGACAGCAGCCAGCCUGGGAAAGUAUGCUGAGUCCACCCCUCCCAACCGCACCAGCAGCCCUGCACCUCAGCCUGUGGACCUCAGUCUGACAUCUCCACAGAACCCCAGAGGCUUCCUUGAAGACAUGCUCAGUCUUCCCUGACCUUAGCCCUGACCUUCAGCAAUACCCUCCACCCCCUCUCUGGUUUCCUGGGUGUUGUAGGAUCAGCUUUCCUUUCCUUCUGACUGUUGGAGUAGGUAUGGGACCAGAGAGGCCUCUGAGGGUGAGAUCUGCAUGGUCUGUUUAGGGUUUAAGGACUGCUAUGGUCUUCUUGUCCCCCUCAAGAGCCAAUAACAUUGCACAGUUCUGGUUCAGUGCAUGAGUUGGAAGGCUCAAGGGGACACUUUGAGGGUCAGACUUGUAAAAGAGGCAGGCUCAAGUCAUUCCCAAAUGGGCGUGGUCUUCUAUGGCUAUCUAAAGCUCCUGGGUAUCAGGGACUAUGGGGGUCCAGCCCCUCGAUAGUCCCCUCCCAGGUCCGGGAAGAAUCUACAACCAGCUGAUAAUUAAUCUCUGAUGAAAAGAAAUGAAUCUAUGUACACGAGACUCCUAGUUCAUACACUUUAUUAUUCUGUGAUAGUUCUCUCUCUACACAGCUUCUAUUCUGCUCUCAUGUCUAGCUCCUUUCUUGCCUGAUUUCUCUCUAUAUUUAUCUACUGUCCCCUCUAGGUUCUACCUUAAUUCCUUCAUCUAGUUCUGCCCCUUCUAGGUUCUCAUCUAUCUAGUUCUUUCCCCUAUCAGCUCCUCUCCCGUCUCCUUCUCUCUCAUCUGGCUCUUCCUCAUCUUGUUCUUCCCCAUCUGGCUCUUCCUCAGCUUCCAUCUCGUUCCUCUAGUCCUCUCUUCUAGCCCUUCAAUCUAGUUCUUCCCCAUCUCAGUUUGUUCCUCUCAAGUUCUUACCCAUCUAGUUCUUCCAUUCUCUUUUCUCUUCUCCACCCUGUGCCCUGGAAGUCCCGGUAUAUAAAGGGAGGUUCAGAGCUAAAUUGUGUAAAGCUAUUACUUAACGUCCACCUCUCCUAGGCGGUGUCUCCUUGUGGAAUUUACUGUAAGUCAGGAGACUUGCAGGUGGGCUGUUAUCAUUGUUAGUCCUUGGAAGUUGGGCGCCCACCUGGGUGGUGUUUCCUGUAGUCCUUGAAAGUGGCUAAGGGAGAUAAUUUGAUUCCAGAGAAAGCCUUUCCUGAGGCUGUUCUCCAAAUACCUGGAAUGUGUAUGUCCAGAGAGUGAUCAGUCCACACUGUUAGCCCUUCUUAGGGGGAAGUCAAUUGGAAAAACUAUGAAGGCACACAUGAUUUUCAUAACAGAAUACAGCUGAUAUAUAACAAGCCAAGUAACACCAAAAACUCCUUGGGAUUUGGCUUCCUCUGGAGGAAUUCCCUGAUUCCUCCAGGUAGUGACUUUGCCAUAACCAGCUGAGUUCUUAUGAUAUAUUCCUGCGGCCUGCAGCACCUAGGAGCCCUGGGAGUCCUUUGAGAGAGGACUGGGGACCCUCAUCAUGUAGAGAAGUGGCUGAUGUGGGCAAUGCUGGCUAGUGGCCACAGCUGUGGCCAGGCUGGGGUGAUGAAAAACAACGGGGAAGCCUGGCAUCGUGAACUCAUGAUGUCAACUGAAGAAAAUCCAGGGUAUGGAUCCCUGGAAGGACAGGAGCAUGGUGAUCACACAGGACAGUACAUCCAAAGACUCAGUCUGGACAUCCGGGCUGCUCUCCCUCCAGAAUGCCUGGAUACCUGUGGCUCCCACUGACCUCAGAUGUGGGUUGCUGCAGGACUGUGGUGCUUGGAAAUGACUACCUUCUUGACACUCUGGGCACCAUGGCAUUACCUCAGUCCAUUCUCACUUGCAUUAUUUUCAAGGUCAGGUUUGCACAUGGCUUUUGUAUAUGUCUUGAGUAUCGGCUUUUUUGUUGUUGCUGGGGAGGAGGGAUUGGGGACGGAUCCCAUGAACGAUUUUGUCCCUCAGAGUGUCAUCUCCUCAGAUGAGACUGUACAGCUCUUUCCAUGUGGCCUUUUGUGGGGCACGCACGGCUCCACUGAAUGUGCCCUCUCUUAGUUUUGUGCAGGAGGCACAAUGGCGCCCUUAGCACUUACAGGCUGCAUUGCUGUGUGACCCAUUGCAGAGCUGAACCUCUCUUUGGGGUCAUAUUUGCAGUGGCCUUUGCAGCAAACAUACAUGUGCCUUCUUUUAUAUGCUUUCUGCAUCUCAAGCCUUGCCCGGGAGGUUUUAACUUUCUAGAACCCAGGCUUACACUGCAGAGAUCUGUCUUUUUGUGAUCUGAGGACCUGGAGCCAGGGCACAUUGUGUCAAUUCUUCACCCCUCUGCUCUCCAUCCCUGAAUCUGAAAGGCCCCUUUGUGACCCAUCAAGUCCUCAGAUGGACUUGCUCUGUCCCAGCAUGUUAUGUGGUAGCCUCUCUCCUUAGAUGGCAGCCAUGUCUCUUUACAUUCUCACAGGCAGAGCAAGUGCUCCUUGGUCCCUGUGCAUUGCAGCAAAGAAACCCACUAACAUCUUGAAUGUGUUUCUGUGGUGAUGUUCACAAUAGCCUAUCAAUAUGUUCUAUAAUGGACCCCUCUAGGGAAACA